GUCAAACAGCUGGACACACUGGAGUGUCUCGUGGCUGCGAUCAUGCAGGUCGGGCUACACGUUGAAGGAACACUAACGUACCCUUCUCUUCCACCACAGCUAACGGGAUUUUAGUAGGAGCGUCGAGGAGAAACAUUGAAUAAAUUCCACAUUUAUCGUCCUUCUUUGGAGCUUUCUUUUUUCAUCGCUCGGUUACGCGACUGGGGGGAAGAGGAAAGGUUGCAAAAGAAUCCGAAGAAAACUUGCUAGCCAACGGCGGAAGUCCCACCGGUGCGUGUUCCCGGGAAAAUGUCUCAUUUGGCGGCGGUGCGGAUGUCAGUCACACACAGUUAAAUGUUAGAACUACUUGAGCACAUCUUGCUCGGAUGGUCGAAGAGGAAAAAGAGGAAAGAAGGUUCAUCAAGGUGCCUGAAAUGUCUCUGUGGAUGAUCCUGCCUGUUAGCCUCCCAGCACUGACCAUCACUGGGAUAUGGGUUGUGUAUGCCAUGGCCCUGUACAACCAGCAUGUCUGCCCCGUGGAGAACUGGUUGUACAACCAGUCGUGUGAAGAGGAGCUGCAUUUGCAGAGUGGGCCAACGUUGUGCUGCACGCUCGAUAACGUCCCUCUCAUCAGUAAAUGUGGGACCCUUCCGCCCGAGAGCUGCUUCUUCAGCCUUAUCUGCAGCACAGGCUCAUUCAUGGUCAUGGUGAUCGUGCUGCUCCGCUAUGCCCACGUCAUCGAGAAACACCACAACUGCGUCCUCAACACGGCCAGUCUCUCCACAGGCUGGAUCUGUGCCGCUGGGCUCAUCAUGGUGGGCAACUUCCAGGUGGACAAUGCCAAAAUUCUCCACUAUGUCGGAGCGGGCAUCGCCUUCCCCACCAGUAUGCUGUUUGUGUGCCUGCAGUCAGCGCUGACCUAUCGCCUGGCAAAGACCCAGGGGGAGUACAAUGUGGCCCACCUCCGGCUCUGCAUGACCCUACUUGCCUUCGUCGCCUUGGUGCUCAGCGGCGUGUUUUUCUGUCAGGAGAGCUUCAUCCUGCAGCACGCGUCCGCCAUCUUUGAAUGGGUCUUCUGCGUCAUCAUCAUGCUCUUCUACGGAACGUUCGCCUUCGAGUUUGCCGGCAUGUCAGGCGAUACCAUGGUGGUUCUGGCCAGAGGAGGCGCUCUGGGCUCACUGGGGCGGGAACACAAAGUGGACGCGAUGGGAACCCUGGGAGGCCCGAGUCCACUCUCUCAACCGCACCCGACGGAGAACAUGUCCAUCCUGUAGGCCACACGCAAUAAUCCUUCCGAGAGUUGAAUUAUUAUUCAUCUCCAGCCGUGAUCGUCUGGACGCUUGGAACUCAAGCGGCUUGAUCCAGACCGAGCAGAAGCGACGGUUCAAACCCCGGCAAAAGAAGUCAACAUGCUUUUUUUUUUGGAGGGCUCCAAGAAGCUAACUGCAUUUUGCACAAGUGUGAAACCAAAUUUCCCAGCCAUCCAGCUAAGCCCUGCCUUCAAUGAUUCUCGUGGGGGGCGGCGUAGAAGAGAAACUGUGCCCCCCCUCCGACCCGCCCCGCCCCUGCCGUCUCAACAAGUGACCUUGGAUGAGUUCCUCUUCAGGUGAUUGCCUUUUCAUUUGGUGUAGUGCGCUCGUGCAUGGUAAAAAUGGCUGCUGGCCAGCCGAGCCGACAGUAUUGUUUGGGUGUUGGAGAGCAGGAAGGUCAGACCUGAGAGAAAGGAUGAAUGCAAUAAGAUGUCUUAAUAUUUUCAUAUACAUAAGUGUUGCCUUUUUCCAUAUAUGAAAGGGGGCCUGUUAUCAAGUAUACAAGGGAUCGCCACAUAUAAAAAGUGCGUUAUAAAUUAAAUUUAUUAUUCAUUUAUUUUCUACCGGGUACACCCUGGACUGGUGGCCAGCCAAUCACAGGGCACAUAUAGACAAACAACCAUUCACACUCACAUUCAUACCUAUGGACAAUUUGGAGUGGCUAAUUAACCUAGCAUGUUUUUUUUGGAAUGUGGGAGGAAACCGGAGUACCCGGAGAAAACCCACGCAUGCACCCACAUCCACACAGAGAUGGCCGAGGGUGGAAUUGAACCCUUGUCUCCUAGUCUGUGCACUAACCACUCGUUCGCCGUGUUGCCCUAAAUUUAUUAAUUAAUUCAUUCAUUUUCUACCGCUUUUCCUCACGAGGGUCGCGGGGGGGCUGGAGCCUAUCCCAGCUGUCGAGAGGCGGGGUACACCCUGGACUGGUGUUUUUUUUGGAAUGUGGGGGGAAACCGGAGUACCCAGAGAAAAAAAAAAAGGGAAUUUUAGUCCCAACAUCCACAAUCCUUAUGAAUGAACACACGUCUUUCCCUUUUCUGUGCCUUCUAAAGAUACAACAACAGCUAAAAAGACGCAGCUAAUUAAUACUUGUAAUGGGACACAUCGAUUCCACCUAGAAAGUCCGCUAUUAGUUUUACCGCGCAUGCCUCAUUGACUAUUCUGUUUGAUUAUAUCGGCACAUGUAGACAUGCGAUUGGAAUAUUCCUUUCCGUGUAUAGCAUUGUUUUCGGAAAGGUCAUUCGGAAAGAGAAAAACUCCUCAUGUAAACAUUGAUAAUGAAAUGAACGGUUUUGCCCACCACUGGUGUCCUAUUACAUGCAUUUUUAGUUACCUCUUUUUAUCUGUUUUUAUAUCUUUAGAACGCACAGAAAAGACAUAAGAUGAGGAUUGUGGAUGAUGGGUAAAGUUCAAAAUAAGGUGCGGUUCUCGUUGGAACACGUCCAUCCCUACUUUACAUAGCAGGUCCCCUUUAAUAGAGCAAGUGCUUCAAUCCCAAGAAUAAAGGUAGUGGUAGCGCUGGUGCAUCUUCCACCCAAUGCACCAUUUUUCCACAAAUGUUACAUUCAGGUUUUUUGGGUUUUUUUUUUUUCCAUAAGUGUUUCUCACUGCCUCAUACAUUUUUUAACUUCUUUCAAGUCAAAACUCAAAACACAAGCAGACCUCAAAGAGUAUUCUAUUCUGUGCCAAAGAACACGAGAGAGUGCCAAUCCCAUCCUGGUGCAGGUAGAAAAGAGGGAGUGGGGGGCGGGGGGGUGUCUGCAUCUCAUUGGAUGGCCCUUUCAUACGCUGAUAAUUACGCACCACAUCAAGCUGUAUGCAAAGGGAAAACAAGCUGUGUGUGGUUGGCCUCGGUGUUAAAUGUAAACAGCGUGUGCCAAAUAUCAGACAGUGCCUGCAGCCUCGGCGCUAACACGCACACGGCUAGCCGCUAUCGCUGUUGUUGUCAUGUCACAUUCCUGAUAAGCAAUAUACUACACUGCUUUAUUCUUUUUCUACUAUGGACACCUCAUUAGGUACACCUGCAGGUUCCAGAUUGAUACAGUAAACCAUAUAUAUAAUAAUAGAUUAAUAAAUCAUGUUGUUUUGUGGUUUAAUACGGCCCCGUAUGUCAACAUGACAUAUUUGGCCAAAUUUUCUUUUUCCUACAUGAAGCAUUUUCCAAGCCUAAAUGUGGCUACAUGCGCUAAAAUACAAAUAUAAGGCAUUCAGAAGACACAUUCAAAGUGUUCUACACUGGUCACUAGGUGUCAGUACUGUCGGGUGAGACACAAGCACCAGACUCGAUUCCUGGAACAACAGGCUUUUAUUGAAGGGUCAAAUGAUCUAACAACAUGCACAAUAAUCCCUACCACGACACGGGUCGUUAUCCACGCCAAGGUUAAACUGAACUCUGAAUUCCCAGCGUCACUUCCUGUCAGCUCCCACUGAGCUCCAACACAUUCACAGCAGCACACACAAACACAAGCCGUGUCUUAUUUUCUGUCAUUUUGUCUACUAUAUUGGGUAAUAAGCGUUUAAAGGUGACUAUAGGGGUGUUAUUUCAUGUCUGGGGGACUCUAAUGAUGUUAAAAGAGUAUUUAGAAGGUUGUAAAUAGGUUUUCUGUGGUCAAAUGGCAAAAAUAUUACAUAAAAAAUUAAGGAAUUGAACUUCACGGCCGACUAACUGUGAUAAACGAGGCAUUACAGUGUAAUAUUUGCAGCUAGCUGCAUGUAGCGUGACAUAUGGCCAUAAGAUGGUCAGUCCCAGUCGCUUCAUUUUUCAUUAUUAUAAUAAUGUAGGUGUACCUAAUGCUGUGUCUUUGGACAUGUGAAAACUGUUCAUACCAACAUGUCAUCCAGGGGUGUGGCAAGCGUGUUAGUACACGCUUGCGUGGUAAUGACGUCAUUCCACGUUUUUUUAUAUAGCUUUCAAGGGUAUGUGUUUUUUUUUAUCAUCAGGAGACUUAAAUGUAAACAUCAGCAUACUGAACUGGAAAGACGCGUUUUUAUCACCAGCUUUACUGGGCUUUGGCUCCCUCUGCUGGUGGAAACAUACCGUUGCAGAUUAGGCAAGCUUGUCUUUAUACACUGUGGACCCAGUUUAUUGUUUUCCAUUUUAAGUGUUCAUUUUUUUAAAGUCUUCUUUUGUUUAAUUCAAAUCUAAGCAGUCAAUUACUAAACGUUUUCUUAUGUAAGACUUGGACCUGUAAGAAAUCUGGAAAAGUUUCACUUCGAACACCAGCUUUACUGAUUUAUGUCUCCCUCUACUGGUCAAACCUCUCAGUGCAGUUUAGCUACAUUUCCUUACCGGCUACGCCUUAAAGGGGAACUGCACUUUUUUGUGGGGGAGGUGGGCGCUUUUGCCCAUCAUCCGCAAUCUUUUUGUGAGCACACGUCUUUCUCUUAUCCACGCAUUCUAAAGAUAUAAAAACAUAUAAAAUGAGGCAGCUAAUUAUAUGUAAUAUGUAAAAAAAAAUACAUGUAAUGGGACACACCUAGCAAUUUAUUCAUUCAUUUUCUACCAUUAUCCUCACGAGGGUCGCGGGGGUGCUGGAGCCGAUCCCAGCUGUCUUCGGGCGAGAGGCGGGGUACACCCUGGACUGGUCGCCAGCCAAUCACAGGGCACAUAUAGACAAACAACCAUUCACACUCACAUUCAUACCUAUGGACAAUUUGGAGUGGCCAAUUAACCUAGCAUGUUUUUGGAAUGUGGGAAAAAAACGGAAUACCCGGAGAAAACCCACGCAUGCACGGGGAGAACAUGCAAACUCAACACAAAAGAUGGCCAACGGUGGAAUUGAACCCUGGUCUCCUAGUCUGCACGCUAACCACUCGAUCGUCGUGCCACCCUAAAUUUAUUAUUAUUUUUAUUAUUAUUAUAUACAUAUUUGCCAUUCAACAUUUACGACCAAUUUGGAGUCGCUAAUUAACCUAGCAUGUUUUUGGAAUGUGGGAGGAAACCGGAGUACCCGGAGAAAACCCACACAUGCACGGGGAUAACAUGCAAACUCCACACAAGAGAUGGCCGAGGGUGGGAUUGAACUCGGGUCUCCUAGCUGAGGUCUGCGCGCUAACCACUCGACCGCCGUGCAGACCCUAGCAAUGUUAAUAACAAUAAUAAUAACAAUGUAGCUUAGUUCAUAAGCAGGAAAUGGAGCAUUAUUGUCUCUUUUUAUCUGUUUUUAUAUCUUUAGAUAUAAUAGACAAACAACCAUUCACACUCACAUUCAUACCUAUGGACAAUUUGUAGUGGCCAAUUAACCUAGCAUGUUUUUGGAAUGUCGGAGGAAACUGGACUACACGGAGAAAACCCAUGCAUGCACGGGGAGAACAUGCAAACUCCACACAGAGAUGCCCGAGGGUGGAAUUGAACCCUGGUCUCCUAGCUGUGAGGUCUGCGCGCUAACCACUAGACAGCCCCUAGCAAUGUUAAUAACAAUAAUAAUAACAAUGUAGCUUGGUUCAUAUGCAGGAAAUGGAGCAUUAUUGUCUAUUUUUAUCUGUUUUUAUACCUUUAGAACACACAGAAAAGAGAAAGACGUGUGUUUAUGUCUCACAUAAGGAUUGUUGGUGAUGGCCAUAUUUUUUUUUUGACAAGUUUAGCAUUUGAAGUGAUUAAAGAUGUUCUUAUGAAUGCAAAUGUAAACAGUCCAUUUGUACACAUGUGGUUGUAUACUGUAUACUAUACUGUAAGUAUUUGCUACCUGCCUUCAAGGUCUCGUCGUCUGGUUUACUGACCUUUGCACUCAGGAAGUGUUAGGACACGCCAGCUCCUGUCUAAGCCCAAUCCGCUCUCUCCCGUGUUUUUAUUUUUAUUGAGUAUUGUUUUGCGUGAUGUAUAUGUAGUCUAGAUGCUUUCAUCCUUUAUUUGUGUUCACGGAAAGCCUGCACAAGGAAAACAUUCCUGUAUGGCACGCUUGUGCUGCUCCCAUCCCAUCCAUACGUAGCUCCGGCAUCUGGAAUGGGUCACCUUUAACCUCAACUCUUGUUGGGAUGCAACAUGCUGCCUAUGUGCCUUAUGACCAUGAUGAUGAUGAUGAUGAUGAUGAUGCAUUACUUUGAUAUUGGAAACCAAAGAGGUUGUCAAUUCUAUUUUGGUGACGUCAUAAGAUUGUCAACUGUAUCUAUGCCUUAAUGUUCAACCAAUAAAACGUUGUAGAAAUAUGCACACCUCCGCGUAUCCUCCACUCCACGCUUUCUUUUUACGGGCUGAGAUAUUCACUCCUUCCGUUUGCUCUACUGACCAACGACAGACAUGGAAGACUGACCUGGAUCACCAAGGAAUAUUCUCCCCCAGGGAAACAACACAGGCCUUCAUGAAGGCUCAGCACUGACGCUUGCGUUCAACUCU